AUGCAGAAGGAGGUGGCUGUGGAGAAGCUCUUAGGACAACUGUCCAGGUGUGAGGAGGUGGGGUGGAUGAAGGUGGCAGAGAUGCAGUGCUCCUCCAUCCACUGGUUUUCCUGCGGUCAGAAGGCGCAGCCUGCUGUCUGGAACCCACGCUUCUGCAUCCUGACUGAGUCACUGCUCCUGCUGCUGGACAGCCUGGAGGUCCAACCGUUCCUGCUGGCACAAUCCAGGGCGGAGUCCUGUUCCAUUUGGUUGCUAAGACACACCCUGCAUGUGACGUCAUCAUCAUCCAAGGAAUCUUUCCCCACAGAAGCCGUGCCAACUGUCAAAUAUCUUUCCGAACAUCAGCGACGCAGACAGAGCAUGCCCAGUAGCUGCCAAAGAUCUGCCUUGAACACACCUACCUCCAGAGUCACGGGGUAUCUCUCUAAGAGACUCAAACAGUCUCUGCGGAGGACCAAAUCUCAGCCCAAACUCUCACGAAGCAGCAUGAAGCCCCACCUAGAUACAGCAACUGAACCUGUGUGUGUUUAUGUGUGCAGGUGUGUAAUGCACCAGGUGUCCUACGGUAGCCAGGAUUCUUUGCUAAGCACUGGGUGUGUGUCUUCACUAGAACUGAAAAUGGAGCAAACUGUCGUUAUCAAGCCAGUCCACUCUUCCCUGCUGGGCCAGGAGUACUGCUUCGAGGUCACCACCACCACGGGCACCAAGUGCUUCUCAUGCCGCUCGGCCGCCGAGAGAGAGAAGUGGAUGGAGAACCUGCGGCGGGCGGUCCACCCCAACAAGGACAACAGCCGGCGGCUGGAGAACGUCCUGACCGCCUGGCUGGUGGAGGCUAAGGACCUGCCUGCCAAGAAGAGGUACUUCUGCGAGCUGUGUCUGGACGACAGCCUGUACGCCCGGACCUCCUGCAAGCUGAAGACGGACAACGUGUUCUGGGGCGAGCGCUUCGACUUCUCCAGCCUUCCCUCGGUGGGCUCGCUGACCGUGCAUCUCUACAAGGAGACAGACAGGAAGAGGAAGAAGGACAAGAAUAGCUACGUGGGGCUGGUCAACAUCCCUGUUGCCACGGUGACCGGCAGACAGCUGGUGGAGAAGUGGUACUCCGUGAGCACGCCCAGCACCAGCCGAGGCAAAUCCUCGGGCCCCACGGUGCGCAUCAAGGCCCGCUACCAGAGCAUCAUCAUCCUGCCCAUGGAGCAGUACAAGGAGUUUGCCGAGUGGAUCAGUUCAAACUACCUGCUGCUGUGCAGCGCACUGGAGGCCUCCAUCAGCCUGCGCGCCAAGGAGGAGCUCGCCGCCGCGCUGGUCCACAUCCUCCACAGCACCGGGAAGGCUAAGGACUUCCUGACAGACCUGAUGAUGUCAGAGGUUGACCGUUGUCGUGACAACGAUCAGCUGAUCUUCAGAGAAAACACACUGGCGACCAAAAGCAUCGAGGAGUAUCUGAAACUGGUCGGGCAGAAGUACCUGCAAGAUGCGCUGGGGGAGUUCAUCAAGGCUCUGUAUGAGUCUGAUGAGAACUGCGAGGUGGAUCCGGCACGCUGUGUGACCUCUGACCUCCCCGAGCACCAGGCCAACCUGAGGAUGUGCUGCGAGGUGGCCUUCUGCAAGAUCCUCGAGUCCUACAGAGUGUUCCCCAGGGAGCUGAAAGAGGUGUUUGCAUCGUGGCGUCAGGAGUGUGGUAACCGGGGGCGACCGGACAUCAGUGAGCGUCUGAUCAGCGCGUCGCUGUUCCUGCGCUUCCUGUGUCCGGCUGUGAUGUCGCCGUCUCUGUUUGAGCUGACCCAGGAGUACCCCGACGACCGGACCGCCCGCACGCUCACCCUCAUAGCCAAGGUUACGCAGAACCUGGCCAACUUCAGCAAGUUCGGCAACAAGGAGGAGUACAUGCUGUUCAUGAACGACUUUGUGGAGCGUGAGUGGAGCAACAUGCAACGCUUCCUGCAGGAGAUCUCCCACCCCGACAGCCUGUCCCACACGGCUGGCUUCGACGGAUACAUCGACCUGGGCCGGGAGCUGUCCACCCUCCACACCCUGCUCAUAGAGCUGGACCAGGCGUGUCUGGCUAAGCUAGGUCCGCUGCCUCGUAUCCUGAGGGAAGUCUCUUCAGCGCUCGCUAACCCAGGGGGGCUGGUCCACCCGGGGGGCUAUCCAAUGAGCUGCGCGGAGCCCCAGCGCGUGGUGUCGCCGCCACCGCUGUCCCCGCCCCUCUCUCCCCCCCUGGCGGGCUGCAACCUGUCCCGGGGCCUACAGGGCAGCGUGGGGGCCGACACCAGUUUGGUAGACUUCACCAGGCUUCCAUCUCCAACUCCAGAGAACAAAGACUUGUUCUUUGUUACCAAAGGAUCCAGUCUUCAGCCCGCAACCGGCCUGCAGGGCUCUCCGGCCGCCAGCUCUUCCUACUCCGAAGCCAAUGAGAACGAAGCAGGACCGGAGUUAGCCAAUGACCGGAGGGAGGCCCCCGAGCUGACCAAUGAGAGCCGGAGUCUGUCUCUGGUCGACCUGCAGGACUCGUCCCCCAGUGACGGGGUCGACGACGGCCAAUGGCAGCGCAGGACCGGGCUCCUUCCCCUCUCCUUCCAGAACCCUGUGUAUCACAUGACCAGCACGUCACCGAGGCAACCGCAGCAGACCGACGUCACGCCCUCCGAUGGCUCUGCCGGUUCCCAUGGCAAUCCCGAGGAGAGGACCACGAUGGGGACCAAGCCGGCGUUCCUUACCCAGAUGUCUGUGGGCCUGGGCGGGGGCGAGAGAGGGGAGAGAGUAGAGAGAGUCGAGAGGGGAGAGAGAGGAGAGAGAGGAGAUCGCAUGUCAGCUCUGUCCAGCAGCAGCAGUGGAGAGGAGUAUUCACGCCGACAGAUGUCACUGAACGAUCCUCCACACGGCAACACACCUGUGGCUCCCAUCGGCCCUCGUCAGAACUCAGUGGGUCCCUCUACCGGACCCCAAAGGCGCAUAGACCAGCCGCCCCCGCCCUCCUCGGCCCCCCCGUGUCCCCCCCGCGGCCGGACCCCCCCCACCAUCCUCACCAGCGGCACCUCGGCCUACCCUCCCCGGCCCGCGUCUGGCAGCAUGAUGUCAUCCAGUCCCGAUUGGCCCAGCAGCGGCCAAUCCCGCCUGAGGCAGACCUCGUCCUCCUCCAAAGGGGACAGCCCUGAGAAACUGCGGCCUGUAACCAAGGCCCCGUCCCCAGUAAACCCGGGUGCACUGGACCGUACUGCUGCCUGGCUGCUUAAUAUGAACUCUGGCGCCCCCUAUGGAGAGACUGAGGAUGACGAGUCCCUCAGUGAAAAGUACCAGCAGGAGAUCGCCAUGCUCCAGGAGAGGUUACGUGUUGCAGGGAUGCGGCAGGAAGAAUGUGAGGCCAGAUUGAUGCUCCAGGACCAGCACAACCAGAGGAUGUUACAGGAGUACCAGGCGAGGCUGGAGGACACGGAGAGCCGCCUGAGACGCCUUCAGGACGACAAGGAUCUCCAGAUGAACAGCAUUAUCAGCAGGUUGAUGACUGUGGAGGCUGAGCUGAAGAAGGACCACUCAGAUAUGCAGGCCGUGGUGGACUCGAAGCAGAAGAUUAUCGAAGCACAGGAGAAGAGAAUAGCCAGUCUGGACGCGGCCAACAGCCGGCUGAUGGCCGCGCUCACACAGCUGAAGGAGCGCUACACUGUGACGUCACAAAGGAACGGCCUGUCACCCAGCAACAGCUCCGCCCUGCAGAUCACAGAGAACGGAGAAUUCCGUAACUCAGGCAACUGCUGAGACACCCAAUCAAUAAUCAGUGACCGGACGCCCCAAGCAACCGUUGAAGAAUGAGCAAUUCCUAUUGGUCGACAACUGCUACUUUUCCGAUAGAUGCUGCAUGAGAGAACGCGACGGAGAUUAGAAGGGUUUCAUGAACCGAUGGACACUCACUCAGACUGUAGAGAAGGUAUAAAAAGGAUUACCGUAAUCAACUUUGCUGUCAUCUUACUUAUUGUAAAGCUGUCAAUCAAAAGUAUUUUCCUACACUGUAACCACGGCGACUGCGAAUGAUUGGAUGGCUAACAAUACAGUCUGUCCU